GUGAUUGGCUGUCGGGUUUUGUUUAGUUGAGGGAUCUGCACGUACUCAGUCUUUCCGUUUCUUUCUCUAAAAGGAAUUACAACCACCCGGACCAGCGAGACUACAGAGAACAAUAGCAAAACGUUGAUAUUGACAACGAAAACGCUUGACUUCAAUGGGACAACAGAAGAUAUCACUUGGAUGUAUUUUGUCUGAGGGAUAAGGUUUGAAGCCACUGAAUUUAUAGGAGCAAGACUGGAAGAGGACAGUUAACAUUAUUUGGGAAUAAAAGAGCCAGGAACUUUGGCAGACAUGUGUUAGCGCGGGACAGAUGACGACUGAGAGCUCCCACGAACCACUUGGGUCGACGCCCCUAAUUAGGACCAGUCCAGCGUCCACCGCGCUGCAUCCCGGAGUGAUGAACUCGAUGGGUAGCUCAGAGGACCAUGCCGUAGCGUCCAAGAGCAAAAAGACCACCUCCGGACUGCGACGGCCGGAGAAACCACCGUACUCUUACAUUGCUCUCAUCGUGAUGGCAAUUCAGAGCGCACCAACAAAGCGUCUUACGCUUAGUGAGAUUUACCAGUUCUUGCAAACGCGCUUCCCUUUUUUCCGAGGAUCCUAUCAGGGCUGGAAAAACUCUGUUCGCCACAACUUGUCUCUAAACGAGUGUUUCAUUAAACUACCAAAGGGACUUGGGCGCCCAGGAAAGGGACAUUAUUGGACUAUAGACCCCACCAGUGAGUUCAUGUUUGAAGAAGGGUCAUUUCGGCGAAGACCCCGAGGAUUUCGGAGAAAAUGUCAGGCCAUGAAACCAAUGUACCGAAUGAUGAACGGCCUUGGGUUCGGUUCCGCCAUUUUACCUCAAAGCUUCGACUACCAGCCUCCCACCGGCGCACUUUCGUGCCACAGCAGUGGGUAUAACCUGGACUUGUCUGGUAAUGGGUAUGAGUCAAUAAGCAGUGGCCAUCACAGUCAUAUGUCCCCCAACACCAUACAUGGCUACAUGACCGGCUGUCCAGGCCCGGGCAACGGAGAUUAUGGAGGGGAUAGCAACACUAGUCCAGUCCCAUCUUCUCCGGCCAUAGGGAGCGCGCUUGAGGGCCACUCACCGUAUUCGGAGGGCACGCAACUCUGGGCUUCUUCGAGCUCUCCGUACCUAAAACAAGCGAAUACCAACUCGUGCAAUUCGCCAUCCACAGGACAUCAUCCCGGUAUUUUCACCUACUCUCUGGAGCAGGGGUAUAUACAACAAAAUGCGAGAGACAACACAGACAUGGCAGUGGGUAUAUCUCGCUAUCCGACACAUUCUUCCCCCGUCGGAGAUCGGAAGGACUUCGUGUUGAAUUUUAACGGGAUUUCGUCCUUCCAUCCUUCAGCUGCGGGAUAUUAUCAUCACCAUCAUCAUCAUCACCACCACCAUCAGAGCAUGCACCAAGACGUCAAACCUUGCGUAAUGUAGGGAGUCUGUUGUGGAGCAAGUUGUACAAAGAUAAGCACUUGGGUAACUAAGAUAAAAUAAAUUAAUAAAGCUUACUGAAGAAUUCACAUUUAAUAGUGUAGACACUCAAAUAUUAGCAAAUGUUUUCCAGCAGAAAAAUGCGACACGACGGCGCAUCGAGUAUAAAAUAGUAAACAAAUAAGUGUUCGUUCAUACAAUAAUUUUUGCUGUGCUUUGUGAUUAAAUGUCAACCCAAAAAUCGAAUUUAGCACAUUUCAUCAUAUUUCACGUAAUCUGU